UACAUCAUAAUAAUUCUGCAAGAUACUAGCGACAGUAGAGAAUCCUCCGCCAGAUUGAAUCGUAACAUUCUAAACAGUGAAGAUGGGAUUGCGAAAAUUGUUUUAAUGAAAAUUUCACUAAUUGGAUUUUUUUGAUCGCUAAUUUUACUUGGUGCUGGUUACGGUUACUCAUUUCUUUUACAUUUUCUGCAUGCAGAAAUUGAAUAAACAUUAAUGGAUGUAUUAAAGCCUGAUAUUAUAAGAAUUGAAUCUCGCAGAUACAGAGCAAUAUGUUGUGUUGAUAGACAACCUGUUGAAACUGGGAAGGAAACUUACGUAGAAGAUGACGCAUAUUAUUACGACGAAGCGGAGUCGUGUACACACGAAUACGAUACUAUCGAAGAAACAAAGCAAGGUUUCUGUGAUCGCGUCAAAAACAUACCUAGUUUUUAUUUCAAGUUCAUCAUUGGGAAAAACAGCGAAAAUAAAAAAUAUUUAGAACAUCAAACGAAUACUAAUAUCACGUUACCAAGUAGAGGUUGCGAAGGAGAUAUAGUUAUCCGUGGCAAAGAUCGUAAAGGAGUGAUUGCUGCGCGUGCCAAGAUACACACGAUUAUCGAAUUGAAUCGCAAGCAACAACCUGCCGGUCAUUUUCUCUCGUUACCAGUCUUCUCGGAAGAAAUACAACAUAACUUGGAGGAGUUCCAAAAAAAUGUGUUAAAAAUAAAGGCCAGAGGAGUGGACCCUAGUAUAUUUCAAAAUCCUGAAAGACUUCAUCUGACUUUAUGUCUGUUAACAUUUUUAAAUGACAAAGAACUGGAAGAAGCUCUUCCGUUGAUUACUGAGCAAACGAAACUGAUAAAAAGCAAAUACUUUAAUGAUGCGCCUCUACGUGUUUGUGUAAGAGGUGUUGAAUAUAUGAAUGAUGACCCAAGUGAAGUGGACGUUUUAUACGCAAGGGUAUCACUACCUGACGCAUCACACAGGCUACAAUCAUUUUUAGAUGAACUGGUUGCCACAUUAGCCUCAUCUGAUUUCCUGAAAGCUCAAUAUGAUAAUGUGAAGAUACAUAUCACGAUAAUGAAUACGCUGUUUCGUGAACGUAGAAGAGAAGCUACGGCGAGUAAAAACGAUUCGAGAAAAAUGCAGCGAGUAACUUUUGACGCUAGAAAAAUUCUUCAGGAAUUUUCUGAUUUUAAUUUCGGCGAGGUUAAAAUCGAGUCACUGGAUAUAUCAGUAAAAGGAUCGUUUACCAGCGACGGAGAGUAUAAACGUGCAGGUCUUGUGUUGUUAGCAUGAACUGAUCGUCGUGUGUUGUUAGCAUAAACUCAUCGUUGUGUGUUGUUAGCAUGAACGCAUCGUAUUCAUGCUGGUAAAAAAAUUCAAGCGUUUGACUGGAUAACUUUUUGGAAGUAACUCUCAGUCACACGCGCAGAGGUUUUAGCACCAGAUAUUCAUGGUUAAAGAAGUAAAUAUCGCUGAUAAAAGAUCGUGUCAAACAUUCUGCGUUCUUCUGUUAUAUACUGAUAUAUGUUCCUAUAUGAUGUUAUACACUGAUAUAUACUGAUAUAUGUUGUUAUAUACUAUUAUAUAUUGUUAUAUACUGUUAUACACUGAUAUAUACUGAUAUAUACUGUUAUACACUGAUAUAUACUGAUAUAUACUGUUAUACACUGAUAUAUACUGAUAUAUGUUGUUAUAUACUAUUAUAUAUUGUUAUAUACUGAUUUAUACUGUUAUAUACUGAUAUAUGCUGAUAUAUGUUGUUAUAUACUGAUAUAUACUGUUAUAUACUGUUAUACACUGAUAUAUACUGAUAUAUGUUGUUAUAUACUAUUAUUUAUUGUUAUAUACUGAUUUAUACUGUUAUAUACUGAUAUAUGCUGAUAUAUGUUGUUAUAUACUGAUAUAUACUGUUAUAUACUGAUAUAUACUGAUAUAUGUUGUUAUAUACUAUUAUAUAUUGUUAUAUACUGAUUUAUACUGUUAUAUACUGAUAUAUACUGAUAUAUGUUGUUAUAUACUGAUAUAUACUGUUAUAUACUGA